CAAGUUAUUAAUAUGUUCAUGCAACUAUACUGAAUUUUUAUAGUCAUUCAUAGCUCCAUAUAAAUAUUCUUCUAACAAUUUAAUAAAAGGAUUAGCCUGACAUAUAAAAAAAGUAUUAAAUGUCGCUUUCCUUUCAUUAAUAGAGUUAAUUAACGUACAUUAAUUUAGAUUUAACAUGCCAAGAAAACAUACCUAUUUUAUUUUAUUUAACUAUAUCAUGAAGGGAAAAGAAAACUUUGAAACUUAGCCAAAGGACCGAAGCCACUAGUUUGGUAAUUUCCAUCGGAAGAGAACCCACAAACGAUAUGAUCCCGCAAGUUCUUUAUUUCUAACGGUUACUGCCAACGCUCGUCAAACUCUCCACAGAGUAAGGGUGGAGGAGCGUAAAUAGACGAUGAUGGCAUGAUCUUAUUCAGAUUUGAUAUUUUGAUUUACCUGUUCGUUAAAUUUAUUUGAAAGAAAUAUGACUUGGCGGACAGGGUGGAGUGGUUAUUGGAAGACAACGAGCCACAGCUGCACACGUUGGAUAGAAUCAUAUCCUGUCCGUUCGAGUCACUCAUCUCUAAACCCUCUCUCACUUCCCUUUCCCUCCCUCCCUCCCUUUUUCUCUCUAUCUGCUGUCUGCUCUUCAUCUUACUUCGUAUCAGCCUGUUUUGCUUUCGCUUUCGCGGGUUACUGCCAAAAGCUUGAAGCUGGCCCUCUCCGGUUCUGGGAUUUUAGGCUUUUUGUUUCUGCUCAAAAGGACCCAGGAGAAUCCAAUUGUUUUAUCGUGGCUAGUAUGAGUAAUGAUCCAAUACGUGAGUGGAUUCUUUCUGAAGGAAAAGCUACACAAAUAACCAGAAUCAGUCCUAUUGGUGGAGGUUGUAUCAAUCUCGCUAAUCGCUAUGACACUGAUGCUGGUUCUUUUUUUGUUAAAACAAACAGGAGUAUUGGACCAUCAAUGUUUGAAGGAGAGGCUCUUGGUUUAGGAGCAAUGUAUGAAACCAAGACCAUUCGUGUGCCUCAGCCAUUUAAGGUUGGAUCGUUGCCCACUGGUGGUUCUUUCAUCAUUAUGGAAUUCAUUGAAUUUGGAGCUUCUAGAGGAAAUCAGUCUGAUCUAGGGAGGAAGCUUGCGGAAAUGCAUAAAGUAGGAAAAUCCAGUAAAGGUUUUGGUUUUGAUGUUGAUAACACCAUUGGCAGCACCCCACAGAGAAACACCUGGUCAUCAGAUUGGAUUCAGUUUUAUGGUGAGAAUAGAUUGGGUUAUCAGCUGAAGUUAGCACUGGACCAGUACGGUGACAGAACCAUAUAUGACAAGGGGCAAAGAUUGGUAAAAAGUAUGGGACCCCUGUUUGACAAUGUGGCAAUAGAACCAUGCUUGCUACAUGGAGACCUCUGGAGUGGAAAUAUCUGCUGUGACAAGAACGGGGAGCCUGUUAUAUUGGACCCAGCAUGCUAUUAUGGACACAAUGAGGCGGAAUUUGGAAUGUCCUGGUGUGCUGGCUUCGGAGGAUCAUUCUAUAAUGCGUAUUUUGAGGUGAUGCCUAAGCAGCCAGGAUUUGAGAAGAGGAGAGAUCUUUACAUGCUGUAUCACUACUUGAAUCAUUAUAAUCUCUUUGGUUCUGGGUACAGAUCAUCCGCCAUGUCCAUAAUGGAUGAUUACCUGGCCAUGCUGAAAGCUUAGUACAUUGUUGAUAAUAAGCUAGCAUGUAGAGGAUGAGGUGGUGUUCUGCACUUAUUACUAUGCGGACUCUGGUUCGGGAUAUAUGAUCGCUCUUGUUUUAAUCUUCGGUUAACAGUGAAAUGCAAAGCCUUCAUAAUUUCCAGCAA